AAUAUGGCGCCUGUGCCAGCCUGGACGCGCGAGUGGCGGCCGCUCGCCAAGCAGCUCUGUGCGCACAUUAGCGGCAGUAACCAGGACCACGAAGAAGAUCAGUCUUCGCUCUCAAAGGAGGCACUGUUGCUGCGUGCCGACCGCGUCGUGGGGAAGCUGUACUCGCAUCGAUUCGUCGACUCUCUUCCACAGGACGUCCAUGCUCAAACCCAAGCGCUCGCCACAAAGUUCCGCGUACAUUCUCUUGAAGAACGAGCUGACAAAUUGCUGGAAUUGGCUCCGCAAUGCGACUAUCAAGUGUUAAAGCUUUUACUGGAGCUGGCGACGUCCCCGACGACCGCUACGGACCAAGAAGUGGAGGUGGAUCUAGAUUCUAAAAGCAGAUGGAAUAUGGUGCUGCAACAGGAGCAACUCAAACUCCAGCAGCACAAGAUGAUGCAGGACCAACUAGUCGAAGAGCUCUUCCAGAUAUCCACCAAUGACGAGUGGUACCAGGCCUGGGAGGACAGUGACGAGGACGAGAGCGACUGGGACAUGAGCAGUGCAGAUGAAAGUGCAGUCGAGAGCGAACGCAGUGUUGACACUCGUCAACGCAAUGCCAAGAGAUCGUGCGAAGCGUUAGAGGACGAUGAAUUUUCUAGACAACAGGAAGGGAGCAGUGAGAGCUCAGAGCAAGCUACACGACAAGGGAUGGAGAGGAAACGAAUGGAAUUAUCGGGCGAGGAAUUGCAGCAAGAUGAGAUGCUGUGUCGGUAUUAUCCUGAAGUUAGUAUACGAGAUAUGGAGAUUGACGAUAUGGAACUCACAUGUGAGCUGGAGACGAGAAAACUGGUUCCGUUUACGCUGGAGCGACCGUGGUUACUAUGUGAAGCAGUGGUCAGAAGCGCAGAUAGCACAGUGACAGCAAAGAAUAUCGUCGCAAACAGACUGAUUCACGAAGAAACUGUGGUGAGAAUGAUUUUUGAGGCGCUGCAUGGAGUUGAGUCGUAUUUGUUUGAAUUCCAGCCAGUGAGACCUUCACCCUCGAUCUUCAGUAUCGAUUUUCAAACGAAGAUUGUUGAGCGGUCUCGGAAGUCAUUAAGUACGGCGAUCGGACAUAUCUCGCCUUCGGUUUUACAACAUACACUGGAGGAUUUCAUGCAUGCAGCGACUGAUCUGCAGAUACUUCGAGAUUUCCUUGGGUUUAUCCGUCGAGCAUGGGACUUAAGUGAGCAACACCGGUGUGUGACACUAGAGGGCUUGGCAAAUGCACUGUCCGAUGUCAUAAGAAGCUUGACGGACUCAAUAUGUAACGUAGAGCAGCAGACCAACGUUACAACUGGAUUACAAGAGGACUCAAGUCCGUGGUCUGGAAUUAAUCCUCGACAGCCUACUUUGAUCGGAAUUUAUGGUGGGCUGAAGGAGAUUUUCAAGAUGAUUUCGUGGCUGAAAGGGGUAUUAGUGGGGUGCUUUAAUGGCCUCUCGGAUCGUCAUUGGCAUGAAGUGAAGCGUGCAGAGCAAGCGAAGUGCGUGCUUGACUCACUGUACCACAGUAUGGAAGUUGAAUACGUUGAAGGUGUGACAGCCGACGAAGCUGCAAGAGACUCAGGGCUUUUAUCACGAUCCGAUGUACUGUUGCAUUUAUUUAUUGGAGCGUUGAACCCGUACUUGGAUUUGAUAAGCCGGAUGAUCUUCGAAAGGGGUCAUUUUGAGACGAUUCCUCUGGAUGGAGAGUCGUUUUUCGCUACUCCUCCGUCAAUGAGCGUUGGUGCUUCUCCAAUUCGCGAAAGAAACCGAAGCUUUCGCGAUGGACUGAUGUCACUGGCUCCGUUCGAAGUCAAUCGAUCUCUUGUGCCGACAUUCCUAGAGUUAAUAAUACCCUUGAUGAACGAGGCAUUGGCGAGUCGACAGCUGAAGAACCGAUUUUUGCAGCAACAGCAACACGCACCAUUUGAACCCCUGACGAAGCCUGGGCAACCUGAUCUCUCUUUACAAGAGUCUUUAAUAAUGGAACUUGAGACGAUCGGGUACAGACGAAAUCGUGGCAUUAUUUCGGUCUGUAAAGCUAAGACUUGGGACACCGAAGAAGACCCACUUUCCAUGCAGGAAACACUACUGGAGUGUGUGCCUUUCAACAGGAUAUUAGAACGAUGUCUCACUAGACACCUCGAGAACAAGUGUCAUGAACUAAAUGGUGAGAUUACUGAUAUCUUUCGAGAUAAACUGAACUACAUGGAGCACGUAAAAGCUCUCCGGAUGUUCGUUCUCAUGGAACAGCAAGACGUUUUCAACGUUUUCAGCGAAAGAUUGGUUGCUCACAUGCAAGAGAAUCCAAUCGCAUGGGCUGACAGCGAGAAGAUUAACUCAUUUCUUCAGAGUGCGGUUCAAGGAGUGUUCGAGGACAAUUCGUUGUCAUCUUCCCAGAGGCAAAUUGGUGGUCGACUAUCUGUCCGUGUUGACUUCAGCCUGUUGGAUAGCACUUCACGUGGUGCAAGAAUCGAUAUCGCAACUAUGAAGUGUUUGCACUUUACAUUUGCUGCGCAACAGACGCUUCGAGUACUUUUCAGCGCAUCGAUCAUGCAGAAAUACUCUAAACUUGGCGUUUUCCUCGUUCAGGUGAAGGCUGUGGAGUCCGCCUUGGUCAAGUUUAAGUCUAGCCUUCGCCAUCGUCGAAGCUAUUCGUAUAUCGAAAAGGACAUGCGUCAACUGCUUAUUCAAAGCGCUGAUAUGCUGCAUUACACCAAGAGUUUGCUGAGUUAUCUUACCAGUCAGGUAGGAUAUGAUCCUCGACAAAGUAUCGAGCCUGGUUGUAUUCACUUCUACAAUAUUCGACGACAGAUAGCAAGUGCAGGAUGGUUAAAAUAUCGCCAUAUCCUGCAAUCGUCACGAAGCUUGGCAGAGAUGGACGCAACUCACGAGCAGUAUCUCGAUCUCUUACUAAACCGUUUUUUUCUUCUGGACAAGCACGCGACUGUGAUCCAGUACAUUUUGACGACCUUCAACCACAUUUUGCGCUUUGUUCGCCAAGUCGAUGAAUUUGUCAGCGCUGUAGAUCGAAACAUGCAGAAAUACUUUCCCGAUUACUGCAGUGAUGAAGACUCGGAUCAAUUAGCUACCCCACGUGUUGGCAAAGCGCCGAGUGUCCGCCUGCUGGAGCACCCCGAUUUCCGCUCCCUUGAGUCAGAAUUGGCAAGAAGUUCAAGAGAGUUCAAGCGGCAGUCGCAUUUCCUGGUUGUUAUGCUGACAGCCAUGCAGAAGCACGGGGCGUCGCCUCAUGUGAACGAAAUAGUGACCCAGCUCAACUACAAUUACUUCUACCACCAGCAAGAGAGCCGAUCACGAACACAGCCCCAAGUUCAGCAGCAGCGUCCAGUCAAACAAGUGAACCAAGCCCAAGCUCUUCCACUCAAUCGAUCAAGGUCGCUGCGUCCUCCACCGGCUCCGAAAAAAUUCUCACGAACCGGAUCUGUGCCGUUAUCAUAGACUACGCCUCGUAGGAGUCGCAAACGUAAUUUAAUUCGUUUGACCAACUUUGCUAUACAGGUUUUACUUCAAAGU